AUGAUGGAGGAGCUGCUCAGUCUCCCCAUAGCCUGUCUUUGCUUGGUACCACCAGUGCUUUUCGCCACUCUUUUAUUCCCGGGGUUGGCUUUUCCUGCUUGAUCCCGGUCGAGACACUCCUGAACUCCUGAAUGUUCGUGUCGGUCCGCGACCAAGGCCGCAGGCGCCGAAGUAAUUCCUACGGUGUCAGCAAGGCUGCGCACUCUUCCAAAUUGUCGCUCCUUUCGGCGGUCACCAGCGGAUCCAAUGGAUCAAAUGACAGCUCCUCUACCAUUACGCAAGAAUCUUAUAAGAAAUCCAGCGCAUCUAGCAAACGCCGGGCAUCACAAUCAAAGAGAGUACGAGAGAAGGGCGAUAGGAAGGCUUCUCCCAUGAAGGUCCCUUCCAACGGACCGAGCCCAGAAAAAAGCAUCUCGCGUGAAUCGGUAGAUGUCUUUGCUUUUCUGGUGGAUGUUGAUGGCCAAGAAACACCAGCACUGGUAUGUGGCAGCUCAGCACAGUCUGAAUUGGCGAACCACGUUGGGGUAGACUCAGACACGGAAGGUACGGUAAGAAGUCAACAUUCGGACUCAGGUAUCUCGAUGGGAGACAGCAGUAUCUGCCAGCCUCACGAUCUUUCUCCAGUCGAGAGCAGGUUGCCCGCCCUGCCAGAAGACUCAGACGAGUUCGCCGUAGACCGAGGACAUGUCACAGACACCCCUACAUCUUCCAAACGGCUGCGAUGGAAAUGGCCCGAUGUGCCUCCUGCCACACAUAAGCCACACACGGUUGGUCAAGGCAUCAGGGUUCCAAGCCCCAAUAGGACACACAAUCACACGCCGUCCAGCCCUAAGGAAGAGCAUUUCACAUACAGUCCGACUCUGUCUGGGUACGAGCUCAUCGCUCACAAGCUGGCUCGAGGAGAGCUUCCACCUGUGUUUCGCAGUUUCCAUAAAAGCACCUUCCGAAUGCUCUUGCAGUUACAGGAUGAGAUCUCUGAGAUGGAAGAGGAGCUUGCUGCUCUUGAUAUGGCGGAUACCAGAACUCGCCUGAAGACUGACGGUAGCAUGUUGCCGGCAUCGCGAAGACUCAAUUGGCAAUGGACCCGAACAGACUUGGAUGUCCACCGAUUGCAAGUCUUGGGAAGGCUGUACAUCAAGAUUGAACAAUACUACCAGGCCCUUUUAUCAGCGCAAAGAGUGCAAAGAUUGUCAUCGUCGGCAGUUCCAUCAGACGUGGAAACGUUUCGAGCAUGGUUGAAGGAAAAUAAGCCGCUCUCAGCACCCGAGUCGAAGUUUCUGGAUCAUGAAGACGAUUUGAUCUCAUUGGACACUGGACAACCGACCACGAGUGCUCCAGCCUCCACCGCAGCGCAUUUGGUACCUGUUUGCGUCCUGAUGAGCGGGUUGCUACCGCUGUUGUGCUUCAAAAUUAUCAACGGCGUUCUCAAUCGAUUGAUUCUUCUUGCUGUAUUGCUAGCUGUGGGGAUGAGCUUUUCGGAAAAGCUCGGUACAUUACAGGCACAGCAUCAUCAGCAAUGGCUUGUGGCAUGUUUUGGUGUUUCGCUGAUGGCAGCGCUCUUCCUAUGAGCACGGCAUCCUGGGUCCGGACUCUGGUACAUCAGGCUCGUUCAGCAAGCGAACGUGUGGUGUUCUUGGGAGUAAAUGAAAUGGCACUUAUACAGGGCAGUGAAGAACAUCUUUGGUGUCUUUAGUGGUGAUACAUAACUAAUGAUGAAUGAUGGGCACCUCUGUUAAAUGUUUGUUUGCACCCCUGGAACGGGAGCCGGGAGCCAGCUUAGCGUUAACUGGGGAAGGCCACUCGGAGAAGCUUCCUUGUACAACUGGCAUACCUAAAUCAAUCUGCGGAGUAUUGAUGAUGCGGCGGCUUGCAUUCCUUUACCGCGAGACACUCCAUCU